AUGAACAACACAAACAACUUCAUCUUUGAUCAAACUCUAUCCGCCUUUUCUACCAUUACCGCCACACCACUUACACCAGAGCAAUUGACCACGAUCAGAACUGUCUUUGACAAGUUCGACAAAGACAAGAGUGGAACAUUGGACAAAGUCGAGUUGAGAGGAGUUCUAGAGGAGACACUCAAGAGAAAGGUCAGUGACAUGCUAUUUAACAAGUACUUGGAGCUGCAGUUCAAUGACUCGGACAAGAACUUCAAUGGCGUCAUUGAGUUUGAGGAGUUUGCAUCACUCUAUUCAAAGAUCCACCUCAACCCAGAGUUGCCAAUCCAUAUGGGCUACAAGAAGUCGCCCGAAGUCCAUCACACACUUGAGACUGGCGCCAAUGCACCAAAGGUCGUACACCAGGAGGUCGUGCUCACAGACGCCGAGCUGGCAGAGGCCCGCGUCGCCUUUGACAAAUACGACGCCAACAAGAGUGGCACGAUCGAUCGCACUGAACUGGCACAACUUCUUCGCGCGACCAUUGCCAAGCGUGUUGGUGAGAUGAUGAUGACCAGACUGGUCGACAGCCACAUGCAACUAGCUGACAAGGACAACAGUGGCGAGAUCGAUUUCAAUGAGUUCAUCGUCAUAUUCAAGAAAGUACUCGCUCAGCAGGCCAAGUAA